AUGCCACCCCGGCCAUUGAGCGGAAUGCUCCCUUUCCGCCGACAGGCCUUGUGUCUAUGGAGUCCCAUACCUCGCAGUUCUCUCCACUUGACAGGCGCAUUCUCCCCCAGCGGUGCCCUUUCGCAUCAAAGACCGAGCCGAAGAUGCCUGGCAACACAAGUCGACCAUACAGUCGCUGCCCCUCAUUCCGAUAACCAAAAGGAACGAGUCGUCAUUCUCGGAUCUGGCUGGGGUGGGUACAGCCUCUCGCGCAAGCUCUCCCCCAAUAUCUAUUCGCCAAUCAUCAUCUCGCCUCGAUCCUACUUUGUUUUCACACCUCUCCUCACGGACGCGGCAAGCGGAUCCCUAGAUUUCUCCAACAUCGUCGAACCUGUGCGUGACCCGCGCGCCAAAGUCGACUUCAUCCAAGCAGCUGCACGCGCAGUUGAUUUGAACAAGAAGACUAUUCUAUGCGAAGCCACGGUUGUGCGGAGCGGUGUCACCGAAUCGCCACGCACGGAGGACAAUGAAAGGCAGACCGAGGAGGGCCCGGAGAGUACAAGCAAGAAGCCGAUGCAAGAACAGCGCCAAUGGGAGCAAGGCGAAAUAUUCGAAGUCCCAUAUGACAAGCUUGUCAUUGCUGUUGGUGCUGUCAGUCGCACUUUUGGAACGCCGGGUGUGCGAGAGAAUGCCAUGUUCUUCAAGGAUAUCGGAGACGCCAAGAGGGUGAAGCGGCGUGUACGGGAAUGCUUUGAGCUAGCAGUCUUGCCGACGACUACCCCAGAGAUGCGAAAAUCACUGCUGAACUUCGCCAUCGUGGGAGCUGGUCCAACUGGCAUUGAGCUUGCGGCUUCUCUGCGUGAUUUCAUCUACGCGGACAUGAUGGCACUGUACCCAGCUCUCAACGAGAUCCCAAAGCUAAAUCUCUAUGAUGUUGCACCAAAGGUGCUGUCUAUGUUUGACGAGUCACUAUCUCGCUAUGCGAUGGAGACAAUGAAGAGUGAGGGUAUUGAUAUCAAGACCUCCCACCACGUCAAAAGCUUGAGGUGGGGCCCGCCGGGUGCUCCUCCACCGUACGAGAUGGAUCCCAAGCGCUGUCUGACUUUGACGACUGAAGAGGAGGGCGAGGUUGGCGUUGGAAUGUGUGUUUGGGCAACUGGAAAUGCCAUGCCGAAAUUCAUCACCCAAUGUCUCAAUGAAGUCGACCCCCUUCCUGAAGGCUCGGUUCUCACCAUUGAAGGAUCUUCUGCUACGCCUGCUAGCGCGGAGCAAACAUGGAAAUUCAAGAAAGCACCCAAGAAGGGCCCACUCCUCGUCGACGGUCACCUCCGUGUCCAGCUUGAAAACAAAUCUGGCCAGACGGCCGUUCUCCGAGACGUCUUCGCACUUGGCGAUAAUGCCAUGCCAGAGACUGGCGCCCCACCGGCGACAGCACAGGCUACCUUUCAAGAAGCCAAAUGGCUGGCAUCGCGACUGAACAAGGAUGAUAUGGCCCAGACUCCACCAUUCUCCUUCAAGAACCUGGGCACGAUGGCCUAUAUUGGCAACGAGAGAGCGUUGAUGCAGAUUCCUCACGAAGAUGACGGAAGCAAAAACAAGUUCCUGCCUAAAGGUAUCAAGGGACGUACUGCAUCGCUUAUCUGGAAAGCGGCAUACAUUACAAUGAGUAUCAGUUGGCGCAAUAAGUUGCGUAUUGUCUUCAGAUGGACUUUGAACAGGCUGUUUGGAAGGGAUGUGUCGCGUUUUUGA